CCAGUUCCUGUAGCUCUGGGGUUCAAGGCAAGUCCCUGCUGGAGGGGCUGGAUGGAGCCAGCUCCUGUCCAGUGAUCAUCUUCCUGGGGGAGGGGAAUUUUCCACCUUGUAACAGGGAGGUCUUCCCAGCUGCUGACUGCCAGGAAGUUACAGGUCUGCAGGGGACAGGUCCUGCCCUGGGGUGCACAGAGACAUGCACCCCAGAGAUGGAAGUUGGGGUCCUGGCGACUGCUGCAGUGGGAACAAACCCCGAGGACUCUGGAGCUGGAAGCAAGCCCAACCCAAGUGAAAGAGGACAUUGCUAGAUGCUUUGGGAAGAUGCUGGUGCUGAAGUGUUCCAUGAAACUGCAGAUGCUGGAGAAAAUGUUAAUGCAGAACUUCCCCGAAUCACGCAAGGUUUAUGGAGCAGUGCUGAAUAUCAACAGAGGCAAUCCCUUCAGGAUGGAAGUGGUGGUGGAUUCGUGGCCAGAUUUCAAAGUUGUCAUUACCAGGCGGCAGAUGGAGGAUGAGAUGGACGACCUUGACCAUUACACCAAUGCCUAUGCAGUUUUCUACAAGGACCUACAGGCUUACCAGGAGCUACUGGCCAACACAGAUACCAUCAACUGGGAACAGAUCUUUCAGAUACAAGGGCUCCAGGAUGGAUUAUAUGAAGUAUCCAACACUGUUGCUACGUCUAAACAAGUCGAUGUGAAACUAUCCUCUUUCCAGAUGUUUAUCCUCCCAGACCCUGACAUGCUGCCAGACGUCAGAACUCAGAUGGAUCCUGCACCGAGACUGGCUUACCUUGAUGUCUCUCAUGCCAGCCUGCUGAAUGAAACCUGGUCACGGGGAGGCAACGAGCAAUGCCAGAGGUACAUUGCCAACCUCAUUUGCUGCUUCCCCAGCAUCUGCGUGCUAGAUGACAAUGGGCACCCUGUCUCCUGGAGUCUGACAGAUCAGUUUGCCACCUUGAUUCACACUUAUACCCUUCCUGAGCACCGCAAGAAAGGUUAUAACCGUCUUGUUGCCACCAUGUUAGCUAAGAAGUUACAGAGCCAGGGCUUUCCAGUUCAGGGUAAUGUCCUGGAGGAGAACAUACCAGCUAUAACAUUGUUCAAAAGCAUGAACUGUCAAUUUCUGCCCUGCCGAUUUUUCAGACUCAUCCACACUCCUUUCCGGUUUUUAGCCAGCCAUGACCUAUAGUCUAAACACCGGUAUAAGUUAUUGAUCUCCUGAGUAUCUCCUCCACUGUAACUAGGUGAAAUAUUACAGCCUGUGUUAUAUGGGAAAUCAGACUAGAUGAUCAUAAUGAUCCCUCUUCUGGCUUUAAAAAUUUCUGAAUCUAAUAUACCCUAUAACUGUUCAUGGUAUCUCAGUUCAGCAAAUCAAAGAAAGAUAGGAACGGAUUUAAGUCUAGCAUUUGGUUAUUGCAAUUCAUCUGUAACUGACAUCUCCACUGUAUUCCCUCUUAUUAAAAGGACAAUUCCUUUAGCUUAGCGAACUGUCUUGUCUACUCAGAGAGACAAAAUAGGCAAGCUUAUAUCUUUUAUCAGACCUACCCACAUUUACUGGACAAACCAGAUCUCUGACCCCUCCUGGCCUCUUCAAGUGCAUCUCAUCUAGAUCUCAGGCCCUGGGCUGUCUCUUGGGGUGGAAUCACAUAAUUCUCCCACUUUCAGACCAGGCCCUGACUUGCAGUCCCCUGUGUAUCAACCUUGAAUACCUCAGCAGACAUGUCCAGACCCUACAGUUCUGUUCCUCCUGGGGAACAGACAGUGGUAAUCAGCAACUAAACAGCCUCCUUCAAGCAAAGUAUUAUUUAGAACAAAAGCAUUUAAGAGAAAAGUGGUCUUUAGUAAUAAGGCACACUACAUGCCUCUCUAGCUCACCGGGUGGUUAACAGUCUUACUACAGACUCCACAUGGAAGAUAAACUUCCUAUAGACUCUUCUGCAAAACCGCUCUGUGUGUCAGCGUCUCUCCUCCCUGUCAGACCUCCAUGAUAUUCUCUGGACAGUCCAGGGAUCAAGGCACUAUGGAUAUGCCUGCACUGAACUUAAGAGGCGUGACUGCAUCUCCUGUAGACAUGCCUGAGCUAGCUUCAAUCUAGCUAGAUCAAAGGUAGCUCGACUAACAAUAGCAGGAUAGUCACAGCAGCAGGGGGUGGGGUCGGGGUUGUGUGGAGCGCAGGUACAUACAGGAAC